GAAAAGGCCGACUCGGACUCCUCUGGCCGGUAUGCCAUGGUGGUGCGCUGGACCAAGGAGGAAGGUGAAUAGCUGCAGGUCCACUCGAUUACCCUCCGUUAUGAAGCGGUCAAGAAAGCCCUAAGCCCCGUCAUCGCGGAUUACCCCGGAUUCACCAUGACUCUGGAACACGUCAACUUCUCGUUCCCCUUUGUCACUUGUGAAAGCGAGCAAGAUCCUGCCGUUCGACCCUACCUGGACAUCCUCCAUCGCACCUUAACAAGGGAGGUGGGCGAUAUCUUGGCGCGCGGCGCCGAUUGCUUGAAGAACGGCGUCAUCACCCACGACCUCCUCUGGACCCUCCUCAGCCCGCAUAUUAUUCUGCUCUCGACGCAGGAAGGAUGGCCGCGCGCGUACAAGUGCGUCGACUCCUGGACUCAUGGCUCGACGGUCUGCGUGCAGUUCCUGGAUCAGAGUACGGGGUUCACGGACGCACAAUUUGACAGUCUAGCAGAGAUCAAGUUCAACGGGCGGCAGAUCAAGAAUAUCCUCAAUCCUGCCCAUACGCUGGCGCGGGAUCAGGUGCGAGAGCUGCGCCACGAGGAUUCUGAGACAGUGAUCACUUUGCGGUCCUUCGGCCGGGGUCUUGUAUGA